AUGGAAAAUGAAAAAAGUAACAAAACAAUGAAAUUUUUAAAUCGAACUUUACAGCAAAAGAUAAAUUUGAAUAAGAACAAUUUAAAUUUAAAUGAAGAAAAAAUUAAAAAUUUUGAAGAUAGAACAGAGAUGAUAGACAGUAAUGUUAUUAAAACACCAAUAUAUUUCAAUGGAGAUUUACGAGACUAUCAGAGAAAAGGACUCCAAUGGCUAAAAAUUCUUUAUGAAAAUGGCUUAAAUGGAAUCUUAGCUGAUGAAAUGGGACUUGGGAAAACAAUUCAAAUUAUAGCUUUACUAUGUCAUCUCAUUGAAAAACAACAAGAUGGUCCAUAUUUAUUAAUUGCUCCUCUUUCAACUAUACCAAAUUGGUUGUUAGAAUUUGAAAAGUUUGCACCUAAAUUACCUGUUGUGUUGUUUCAUGGACAACAAGAUGAAAGACAUAUAAUUAAAAAAAAAAUUAAAACAGGCUACAAAAUUACUAACACUUAUAGUACAUUACCAAUUGUACUUACCAGUUUUGAAAUGCCAAUACAUGAACAAAAGUUUAUUAAAUCUUUAAACUGGAGGUAUAUCAUAAUAGAUGAAGGACAUAGAAUUAAAAAUCAUGAAUGCUUACUUAUAAAGAUUCUAAAAAGUUGUAAAUCUAUGAGUAGACUUUUAUUAACAGGCACACCAUUACAAAAUAAUUUAGCAGAAUUAUGGUCAUUAUUAAAUUUUUUAUUACCGGAAAUUUUUGAUGAUUUAGCUGUUUUUGAAUCAUGGUUUGAUGCAAAAGAACUUCAGCAUGAUGAAGGAACUAAAAAUUUUUUAAAAUUAGAACAAGAAAAGCAUGUAUUGUCAUCAUUACGUGAAAUAUUGCAACCAUUUAUGUUAAGACGUGAAAAGUCUGAUGUAUGUUUAGACAUUCCACCAAAAAAGGAAUUAAUUGUUUAUGCUCCUCUUACAGAGUUGCAACAUAAUUUAUAUAAAGCAGUUUUAAAUUAUGAUAUAGCUAGAUUAAGUAAGAGUAAAGAAGAACAAAUUAUAUACACAGAGGAUGGUAGAAGACCUAUGAGAAAAUGUGUUUUAAAAAAUAUCAAUAAUACUAUAACUGAAGGCUUUAAAAGAGAAAUGUCACCAGCUAGUUCACUUUGGGAAAGUGAUGAAAGUACAUGCAGUACUGAUGAAACAAUUUUAUCAACCUGGAAACAAUUUACUAAUAUUACAGAGCAUAAUCGAGAAUUCUUACUUAAAAUGCGAAUGGUACAUAAAACUAUCGUGUACAAAAAAAUUGUAAAUCAUCCAUAUUUAAUACAUUAUCCAGAGGGUACAAAUUUAUUACCAAAAUUAGAUGAAGAUAUAGUUAGAUCAUCUGGCAAGCUUUUAGUAUUAGAUUCAAUGCUUGCAAAACUUAAAAAACAAAGGCACAAAGUUUUAUUAUUUUCUACUAUGACAAAAAUAUUGGAUAUAAUAGAAGAUUAUCUUUCAUUACGUAAUUAUAAAUAUGUCAGACUGGAUGGUCUGACUAGUCUUAUAGAGCGAAAAGAGAACAUUAAAACUUUCAAUACAGAUCCUGAAGUAUUUAUGUUUCUUAUAUCUACAAGAGCAGGUGGUGUUGGAUUAAAUCUUGUAGGAGCAGAUACUGUUAUCAUGUAUGAUAGUGAUUGGAACCCCCAAGUAGAUAUACAAGCUAUGGCACGUUGCCACAGAAUAGGUCAAACAAAACCAGUAAUGAUAUAUAAAUUAUGCACCAAAGGAACUCUUGAUGAAGCAAUUAUUAAUCGUGCAAAAGUAAAACGUGUUUUAGAGAAGAUGGUAAUUUCCAAACACAGUCAAGCAGUAAAUGUAAAUAGUAAAACACAUUUGUUGGAACUACAGAGACUUUUAGAGUCAAAAGAAUGUCAAGUAAUGGCAUCUGAUCAUGAAGUUUUUACAGAGGAAGAACUUAACAAAUUAUUAGAUAGAAGCGAUAUG